AUGUUGCUCUAUCUUAAUCUCGAAUUACAAAAGGUAGUGCUACCCAAGCAAAUCCAAGCCACUGCAAUGCUUACGAUAGCCAGAGAACAAAUUAUCAGAUGCAUCGAGGAGAUUUAUGAACACUACAAAGAUGAGAUGAUAUGGAUUGAGUUCGACUUGAAAGUACACCCCUCACCUAGCAUCCAUGAUAGAAUCAAACAAUUGGAAACAAUAGAAGUAUCUCAUGGGAUAAUCUACGUUAUGCAAGUCAUUGCUGCUAUGGAGCCUGUGCGGCAAGCAGGCAAUAACAACAUUGACGAAGGAAGGAAACUGGGAGAAGCAGAUUACGAAACGUAUUUUUAUGAUGUCUACAAAAGAAUAUUAAACGUAGACGAUGCAAUGUAUAGGAUUUUGGUCAACUUUAUAACAGCUCUACUUAUUCAGGUGUACGAUUCUGACAACUGGAGUAAACUCUAUACAGAUACAGAAGAAGGACGAAAGAUUGGAGAAGAAAAGUAUAAAGUAGACACCGAGUCGAUAAGAGAGUUUCUGGAGUAUCGCCUCAACCGUCAUUAUUUAGAGAAUAUCAACAUUACCAUAGCAAAGUUCCGAGAUACUGCUACGGUAUUACAGCAACAACGUUACAAAGAGUUGAGAGCGCAAGAAUCUGAUGUCGUCUUCGCCCACUAA